AAUCAACCAAAUUUGAUCCCAUGAACAAUACAGACGGAGAGGCAAAGCUAGUCCAAAAAAGGAAAGUUUAAUUUUUUGAAUCCCAGUUAGCUUAAGAAUUCAGGGAGGAUUUGCGAGGCUGGGCUGUCAACCAGGACCUGCUAUUUCACUCCACACUUUUCAUAAAUUCAACCAGAUUCCUUGUCAAAUUAGCAGCAUGUCACUGAGAUCUUCAAUACUUUCUCUAACACGAAAGGCUGAUUUUACAGCCCUUUCGUUUACAAAGUCAACACGCCAAUUCUCAAUGUCUGCCAUUGCAAAGCAAGCUUCACCAAAUCGUAAUGGCAGCAGCAGCAGUAGCAGCAGCAGCAACAAAGUGUCUUUCGACUCAGGAUUGAAUGAAAAUUUGUUGAACCUACCAGAAUCGCUAUCGCAAAAAAUAGAGGGAGCAGCACCUAAAGAGACCGCUUAUUCUCUCCAAGCUUAUAUUGGUCGCUCCGUCGCACAUUCGAAUGCUAACGUCGCCUACAGACAAUUAAACGGUAUAUUAACAAGAAACAGGAUUAGACAAGAUGUUAGGAAUAACAGACAUUACGUAAAACCUAAUGAAGCCAGAAGGCUGCAAAAGGUAGAAAGUUCACGUAAACUGUUCAACGCUAUGGUGAAGAAGAAGAUCGGUAUCAUUAUGCAAAUGAAGCAAAGAGGCAUGUAAUUAUCCGAACGGUAUCAAAUGUAUAUUUUCAAAUACAGUAUCUACCGAAUAUUGUUGUAGAAGAGAAGAGCAUUCAAUACAUGUAUAUUU